GCAGAGAACCUGCUCCUGGAUGCCAACUAUAACAUCAAGCUGGCUGACUUUGGCUUUUCCAACAAUUUUUACACCAACAAGAAGUUAAACACUUUUUGCGGCAGUCCCCCCUACGCAGCGCCGGAGCUCUUUCUGGGUCGCAAGUACACCGGCCCAGAGGUGGACGUCUGGUCCUUGGGGGUCAUCCUCUAUACCAUUGUCAGCGGAUAUUUGCCAUUUGAUGCGCAAAAUCUUCGGGAGCUCCGUGAACGCGUUCUCCGGGGCAAGUAUCGGAUCCCCUUCUACAUGUCUACCGACUGCGAAAUGCUUCUCAAGAAGAUGCUGGUCCUGAACCCGGAAAAGCGUUGUUCUCUUCUGGUGAGUCUUCUACCAACCUCUAGGUGGCAUUUCCUAGCUUCUUUGUGA